ACUAUGAGGUUGGCGACCGUCAAGCUCCCAGGUUGCUAUGACAACGCAAGACCCCGCUGCCCCGGGGGGGGGGGGGGAAGAGGCGAGUCUCGCGAGAGUUUGCCGGAGCCGCCCGGGAUUUGACCCGUUGUCAGCGGCUCGCGCGUCCCUAGCAACGGGCGGCGCGGCGUCGCCUGCCCGACCACAAUGGGCGUGUAAGGCCCAAUGUUCAGCAAGCAGAGCUUCAGGCCCCUGGGCUUGCUGGCAGGUGUUGGGGUGGCCUCGGGAGCCCUGGGGAUUUACUAUUUGUGGAGGCAACAGAGGGGCUCCAUCCUCUUGGAAGCCCUGGAGGAGGUGGAAGGCGCGGGGGCUGUGGCCCAGCCGGAGCAGCAGAAGCAGGCCCCCACCUUGGCAGGUGCCCAGGAGCCCCCCAGUGGGGUCUUAGAGGAGCAGGCCGAAAUCCGGUGGCAUCUCGAUUCCAUCCAAACCUGCCUGGACGGCCUGAAGGAGGAGGUGACCUCCCUGAAGCAGUGCAUCCAAGGCUUUGUAGGGAAGCAGGUCAGCGUGAAGAAGUACAAGAGUGCCAGGAGGAAGAAGAGGAGAUACGAAGCCAAGAGAGACAGCGAUGAUUCAGCAGACUCGCUGUCCGUCUACUUCACAGCAAAUGCUGAGAAAUCCUCAGACAGUGAGACUGAAGCAGGUCAAACAGAAAUCCCUGCAGGAUCAGACUGUUCUAUGCUCGCAUUUGCAACUGCAGCCCUCACAGAGGACAGAGUUGCCCUGGAUGCUGAUCCGUCAUCUCUUCAGCUUCAAGAGAGCAUUGGUCAUGCAAUGGCAACGAAUGAAGCAGAAAUGGAAAAGGAUGAAGAAGAGGUCAAUGACUUGGUCCAGGUUCUGAAUUUCUCCCCUCCGCUGGAGCAUGAGGCCAACUCCGUACAGUGCCCACAGCCAGCUGAAGGUGAUAAAAAUGAAAUCACCUUCCUGCUGCAUGAAAUCGACAGGUUGCAUGAUGGAACCAAGGAGGAGCAAGAGCAAGGAUUCAAGGUCCUUUUGGACUAUAAAAACAAGUACGGCAAGAGAAAAGAGUUCUGCUGGCGGAUGAUUCGUGCCUAUAGUGACAUGUUCCAGCUGACAGAAGAUAAGGAAACUCAGAACUGCUAUGCUUUGGCAGGAAGAGAUGAAGGAAUGGCCAGCCUGAAGGAGCAUGAGGACAGUAUAGAAUGUCAAAUCUGGCUUGCAAUUGUGAGUGGGUAUGUGGAGGACCAGGAAGCGGAUGACCGGUCUGAAGGAAAUGAAGAGCUCAAGGAGAUAGAAGAUGAGGUUGGCGUGCUUGAUGAACCUUCUAACAGUUUAGACCCCAGGAGUUUUACUGCCAUGGAAUCAGUUGUACAUUUUGAACAGCAUGAUGGCUCUGACAUCAUGAAGUCAGCCCCUGGUAUUGUCCACCUUGAUGACAUGCCUGAAAUCACAGACAAACAGCAUCCUGUGUUACAGGACAUGCAGCCACAACGUGAAAGUAACGUUUUGUUUGAAGUGUUUAACAGUUUUGACACUGUUUACUCUCAGCUUGGCACCAGCUCUGUCACUGGUUCGACUGAGUUAACAGAGAUAGAAGACAGAAACAAAGAGCAGGACAAGAAGGCACUAGAUGAAGCUAAUAUGAUGGUUGAAUUCAUUGAUGGUUACCACAUCAUGUUCAGAAAUGAGUGCCUCCUUGAUGCCCCUGACGGUGUGAAGACACUGGCCAUGGACAGUGAUAAUGAUCAGGAUGAAACUGAUGAGGUCAGAGAUGUGUAGUAUUGAACUGUCAGUGUCCAGCGUGCCAAUACAACCAGCGACCGACUGCUUGAGGGGCCAGGAGCUGCCGGCACCCUAAACCUUCCUACGGCAAUGGUCAAUCAUUUGAAUUAAAAUAAAAUCAAAUGUUUGUGAAAUAUUUUAUAAAGAUUGAGCAAUUUCUUAAAACACCAACUUAGGAGAGAAGAAAACUUAUGUAUGCUAUGUUGUUGUAACUUCAGUAAAGGGUUAUUUUUACCUACCCUUGUCAAAUACUAGAUCUGUUCUAGAUCAAAAUGUCUGAGCACAGAGGAAUAAGAGAUGUCUUCAUCCUUGGAGUAGGCACAGGCACUUCAAUCCUGGGUUUCAGCUCUUUUUUUUUUGCUCUCAGAUCUUUUUCCAUUAACCAUGGGUCUCAUGUUGAAAAAUCUUGACACACAUUACAUGAAAUUAAAGCAGAUUUUUGUUCCAAAAUUUGCAUAUGAAACAACUGAUGGUUAUUGGCACUUCUGAGAUUGAAUGCUUUUAAUCCUAAAUCUCAAUUAGCCAAACAUCUACUAUACAAGCCCAGACACAGACAAUAAUGACCACUGCAUAGACUGGGUUAUUUUAUAUCGUAGACCAGAGUUAAUGCAGUUUUAUGGACAUUCAGGACCUCCCCUCAGUGACAAUAUUCAACAGGCUAACAGGGCGUGAAUAACUUACCUGAAAUGCAUUGGAAUUAGCAAGAUUAAAGACCUAUCUUCUUUUAAAUGCUGCAGAAUUCAAUAAAAUUGUACUUGUCAUGUAAUAUUGGAGACUGGAGAAGAGGGGGAGGCAGUUAGAGGUGGGAUGUCAUGUGUGUUAAGCCUCUGGGAAUCUGUACAACCAGCAUGGGAAACCUGGGCAUAAGCUGACAAAAGAUGAUAAAUUUAGAUUUUGCCAUGGGGAAUGUGGUAUCUCAAAGAUUAGUCCAUUAAGUUUUUAAGAGAUUUUUUUUAUGUAAAGCAGUGGGUGCCAAUGGGCACUUUUCUCUUGAAGGGAAGCGGUGGCAACUGACGUCUGGCUCUGAUGGAGAGGGCCGGCUAUGUGGUCUGGGGUGGAAAGAUGCAGAGGUAAGAUCCCAGUAGAUGAUGGGGACUGAGUGAAGGCUCCUAAGGGAUAGGAAGCAGACACCUAGGAGGUCAAACAAUUGGAAGCGGAACCAGUAGAAAGGGUUGGACUGGACUGGAGGUGGAGGGUUGUAGACAGAGAUACCGGAAGUUUGGGAAAUUGAUGUUCAUGUGAUCAGGUUGGACGCUACCAUUGUUCAUUUACAGCAGGCUGCCGAGAGAGUCCACCCCAAUCAAAACUGCAUAAAAGGAGUGACCAGAGACCAGAAAUACAUCGUAGCGUGAUCGACAGAGUCCAAUCCACAAAGCACAUCGAUUAAACCUUGCCCAAGACCCAGGAAUCGGGCACCAUCCUCUGACAACAUCAGAGAGAGAAUGAUUAAAUGCGGGCAUCUUCCUCCAGCAGCAUCGAGCAAGAGAGGGGGAGAGAGAGAGAGACCAAUCAAAAUCUGAAAAAGGAAACAAUGCUAGAAAAACUCAAUUCAUGCAACAAUUGUAGAAAGAGAUACCAUCAACAUUUUGUGCUGGCAACCUUUCAUCAGGAGUUUUUUUUAGUUUUUUGGUCGCUAGUGAAAUGUAAGAAAUGCUGAGAGAGACACUAACUUGCAUUUAGUAAGAUCCAACAAACAGCGGCAUGAUAGCGAUGCUGUUUAUGGUAUAAAUUUUGUCAGGGCAUUAGAGAGAAUUCUGGCUUGAUUGUGACUGUGAAGUCUCUGCGUUCACCUUUCUUUAAGGUCAGAUUCUCUGCUUAUACAGGAACACCUCGUUUCUGUAACUGCAGUGUUAGUUUGGCUUGAGAAUUCUAAUCUAUGACUACAUUCUUUGGAGUGAUGCUUGAAACCACACUCUCUAUUUACUUACAAGAGAUUCUGCAGAUGCUGGACAGAGUAACACAUACAUAACGCGACAACUGAUUCGAGUCUUUUUUAGUAAAUUUUUUUCACUGAGAAUGUUGCUGACAAGUGGUUAUUUGCUAGGCUUGUGAGACACUGACAGAGAAAUGAGUCAAAAUCUGUCCUUGGUAGCUGCUGACUGAGCAAUGGCCUGAGGAAUAGAAAUAUAUUGGAAAAAAUUAGAAAAAUAGCAAAAAUCAGGAAUAUUGACUCGGACCUCCAAGUGGACCACAACCUUGCCGUAGGGUUUGGAGGCUCAAUGACCCAGAGAGCUGUGCUGGCUGGAGUCAGGGCUUUAUGCUUUGGCUCUUGGUAGGGUCACCCAUGCCAAACAGGUCAUAGGGUAGAGGCCAGAGUAAGAGUGGUCCACCAGGUUCAGAGGUUCAGUUCAGGGCUAACAACCCUUCUGAUCACAAGAAAUGGUUAUGGAAACAGCAAUGAAGGAUCCUUCUACAUCUGUGUGUGAAUGGUCAUGGUCAGACAGACGGAGACCUUCAUUGCUGCCCUAAAUGCCAGUGGCGUAACAGGCAGUAAGUAAGUAAGUAAGCGACUAGGAUAUCAUAGAAACCGUGAUAAAACUCACCUGUCUCAUUAAAGCUGUUUAGGAGAGGAAAUUUACUCUCCUCAGUAAUUCCGAACAAUCUUUAAAUGAGCCCCUCAGUACCAAACUACUUCAAAUAAAAUCAAGCAGGUCAGGCUACAAUAAACUCGGCAAUGAUUUGAACAUGAACCUUUCAGUCAACCCUGCAAAGUGUGGUCUUUCAUUGGUUCUGUGGUUAUUAUUCUAUAGAUUUAUUGAGUAUACCCACAAGAAAAUGAAUCUCAGAGUUGUAUGUGGUGACCCUUUACUUUGAACUUUUAAAGUGCCCUUCAUAAGCACCUGGGGAUGGUGUGAAAAAUGGGAGAACUACCCCAAGAGAAUUCAAGUAGAGCCUUACACUUGUACUGAAAAUCAAACCUUUCUCCCAAUGUCCCAGAUACUGUCAAACAAUGGACAUGCCCCUUCCCACUAAUUGAUCAGCAAGGAGUCAUAACCUUGGGAAACUUCAACAUCAGUUCCAUACUUCCAUAAACUCACAGUGUAAAAUGACAGACUCUCCUAAUGAAAGGAGAUGGCCCUCAGUUUAACAUCUACAGGAGGCACUGCUAAAAACAAUGCAAAAAAAAACUAUCAAAGAUCCCACCAUCUGGGCCAUGCCAUCUUCUCACAGCUACCAUCAAACACGAGGAAGCACACCACCAAGUUCAACCAUACAGUUCCAGAACUAACCAGCAAAACCCUAAUCACUAUAGUUUAGCAACUCUAUGACCAUUCUGCACAGAUCUGUUCUCAUAGUGCUUUAUUAUAAAAACUGUGUAUGAUGUACAUUUUGGGUGACGGGGUGCAGAUACAGUACAGGAUGGCAUCACUGAACCUCUUCCCAACUCAUUGCUUACAUUAUUCUCCUUGCGAUCUUCACCUCCAACACAGGAGAGUUUAAAGAUUGUGGGUUAAAGCCCUACUCCAGAGAUUGACCAUAAUAAUCUACACUGAUGUGUCUCUGCAUAAUUGUCAGAGAAUGUACCUUUUGGAUAUUGCAUCGCUUGAGUUGCCAGUCAACGCUGAACUCAAUGUAGGACUGCCUUAGGGAUUCCAGCUCCAGAUUCUUCCUCGGGGUUUACUCCUCAAGCCUCUCCCAUGAGUGGGUAUAGAUGCAAGGUAGUAGAGAUCAGAACAGUUUUUUUCUAAGGGCAAUAUUUAUGCUUCUUUCAACAUUAUGAAAGAUUUGUCAGAUCCUUGUUGUUUUGUUGUUUCAGGGAGUUGGCUACAUUCUGUAUGCUACAAAUGUAGCUUCAAUUCAAUAAUAUUCAAAGAUCAAAGCAAUUUUGGGAUGUUUGAAAGGAAAAGAAGCAUCUAUCAUCAAGGACCACCCACCCCCACCCAGGUCAUGCACUCUUCUCACUGCUGUCAUUGGGAAGAAAGUAUAGGAGCCUGAGGACCCACACCACCAGGUUCAAGAACUUUACUAUCCCUUAACCAUCAGGCUCCUGAACCAGAGGGUAUAACUUCACUUGUCCCAUCAUUGAAAUGUUCCCACAACCAAUGGGCUCACUUUCAAGGCCUCUCCAUCUCAUGUUCUCAAUAUUUAUUGCCUAUUGACUUAUUACUUUUGUUUUUCUCAUUUGUAUCUGCACAGUUCAAAAUGGUGACCUAUACUGCUUUAAUAAUAAUUUUACUCAGAACUUUUAAACUUUGAUGUUUGACUCUGAAUCUAAAAGGGGAUUGAAGGCUUAUUCUAACUGCAGAUGCCCAGAAGCUCCAAGUACCCUAUUCAUUUGCCAUAUUUUUCUGGAUUUAACGUUAACUGGAACACUUUUAGGUUACUCCUUGCUUCCAGCUUUUUCCGGCAUCCGGUCCAGAUUUACUCAUCACCUGUACAUACAGUAAAGUGCGCUAACAGCCUACACGCCUAGAGAUGGUCAAGUGGGCAGCCGCAAAUGUUGCCACACAUUCAAUCAGCAGCAUAGCAUGCCCACAGUGCUUGGCCAAUUAACACAGAACACAACAGCAACAAAAAUAACAGCAAAGCAAGACCCGUUCGU